UAACGGAACGUGGUUGGCAAUACUGCGUUUAAGCAUGGCGUAUAGGUUAUGUUACUGUUUACUUUAAUUUACAAUUUCAUUAAUUUUUAUUUAUACUUAACAUAUAACUAAAAAGCAAUGUCAAGGUUUCCACGUGGUAUACUUGUAGUUUUCGAGGGCUUAGACCGCUCCGGAAAAUCUAGUCAAUCAAAAAAAUUGGUGGAAAACUUAAGAAAUGCGGGACAUAAAGCGGAGUUAGUUACAUUUCCAGAUAGAUCAACCCCAAUUGGAUCUGUUAUAAAGCAGUAUUUGAGCAAUAAAGCGUUUGAUUUAGAUGAUAGGGUGUUACAUUUAUUGUUUACAGCGAAUCGUUUCGAAAAAAUCAAAGAAAUCACAGAGAUGCUUAACAACAAGAUUAAUGUGAUUGUUGAUCGAUAUUCAUUCUCAGGAAUAGUUUAUUCAAGUAUAAAGAAAGGGAUGGAUACAAAAUGGUGUGAAGCUCCGGAAUCAGGUUUAUACCAUCCGGAUGUUGUUUAUUUUCUCGAUAUGAGUUUGGAUGAUAUCAAAAGUCGCCCUGGAUUCGGAGAUGAACGCUACGAGAAUUACGAAACGCAACAAAAAGUGCUAGAUGAAUACAAAAAGUUAUCAUCUAGGUUUGGUUUCACGCACAUUAAUGGUAAUCGAACUUUUGAGACCAUUGAAAGUGAUAUCUUCAAUGAUUGUCUAAAGAAGAUAAAACAGUGUGAAAAUAAUGAAUUAAAAUAUUUGAAAUUUUAGUAUAUAAGAAUUGUAUUGUUUCUACUUUUUUCAUUUUGAUAAAUAAAAAUUUGUUUGAACUUGAA